CACAACUAACACAUACUGUGAAAGCUAUGUAUUUGAUUGUGAUCAAGGUUUUUUUUUCACACUAUAGACUCUGGACAUGAAACAAUAUCAGUGAUACAUUAUUCUCCAUGAAACAACCAUAGUAAUGUGAGAACCUUUAGUUGGCCAGAGAACUUGUGUACGUGGAUUCUGCCAUGUGCAGUGUCAUAUAGAGCCCACUAGGGCACGCUACAGCUUCAGUUACAAAUCUUCAGGCUUGUCUUGCUUUUCUAGAACUAUCAUAACAUAUGAGCUGCUAGACUCAUUGUAAACUGCUUUUUGAGAACAUUUUGACCAGCUGUCUAAGUUUUCAGCAAUACCAUGUAAGAGUACUUCUGUAAGGAAACGGGUGACGAUAUGAUAGAUAUGAUGCCAGUUCAAUAGGACUUUCUGUGGAGUGCAAUAUGUAACAUUUUAACGCUAUUCUAUUGUAGACAGCACCAUAGAAACAAUGUUGAUGGUAUUCAAUAUUAAUGUCAUAAUUCUUCAUAUGGAACCGAUAAUACCAAAUUGUUGUACUUCUUCCCUGAUGCUCUCGUCUUUAUAUGCAAUUUUUGUUCUCCUCACGUUUAUUUCACCGCCCGUGUAUGUUUUUGUAUGUGCCUACUUUGAAAUAUUUUGUGUGUGUGAAUGAGUGUAUUUGUAUGUUAACAGGAGGGCAGGACAGUACAAGAAUAAAUAUACGUUUGCAUUAACGAGGCUUGGUUUUAAAUGGUUUCCAAACCUUUCAAUUGGUUUAUGUAUUUGUUAGUUGGUUACAGUUAUAAUUAUAACUAUCAUUAAAUUGCCAAUAUCUUCGUAUUAGCUAUGUUGAGAUUACUCAACAUCCAUAUGAACGCUGACUGAAUACCCCAGAUAUGGAUAUCCAGUUACAAUUUAAAUACGUUCACAUCAGUGAGUGGAUGCAGUAGUCUGCGUUCUACCAUAAUAUCAUGAAUCAGAAAACAUACGGAUAGAAGAUUGCAAGCAACCAUUCCAUUCCAUUCCAUUCCUUUACAGUAGUGGGCGGUAAUGUACUGAACAACACCAACGAAGAAACGGGUUUGGUUGUGGUGUUCACUGCGAGUUCUUAGGUUUCUUGUCCUAUUUUGUCACCUAAAAGACAACAGUAUGGCUUUUCAAUGUCAGAGGGAUUGCUACAUGCAGGAGUUUUCUACUUCUGUGGUGUCUUGCUCGGAAGCAGAGGUGCAACUCGAAAACAAUGGGAAGAAAGUGAAAGUGAAGGGCUACAAUGUCAAGCUGAAAGACACUAUUCUCUUUCCCGAAGGAGGGGGUCAGCCUGAUGACCGAGGGACCAUCGGCGGUGUGUCUGUGCUGCGUGUCCUCAGACAGGGCCCCGAGGCUGUGCACUUUGUGGACGCCCCCCUGGAGGAGGGCCAGGAGGUCCAGCUGAAGGUGGACUGGGAGAGGAGGUUCGACCACAUGCAGCAGCACUCAGGGCAACAUCUGGUCACAGCGGUUGCUGAAACCAUGUUCGGAUAUAAAACUACGUCAUGGGAGCUGGGGAGGCAGCGUAGCAGCAUAGAGAUGGACACGCCGACAGUGAAGCCAGGAGAGAUGGAGGCUCUGGAGGCCGCCGUCAACCAGAGGAUCCGAGACCACAUCCCUGUCACCGUCCAGCUUCUCUCGAUCGAUGACCCCGCCCUGGAAAAGAUAAGGAGUCGCGGUCUCCCAGACGACCUUGCUGGCCCAAUCAGGAUCAUCGACAUUGAAGGCGUGGACACCAACAUGUGCUGUGGAACUCAUGUGUCCAACCUCAGCCACCUACAGGUGAUUAAGAUUCUGGGAACAGAGAAAGGGAAGAAGAGCAAAACAAACUUGAUCUUCUUGGCUGGGAGUCGAGUCCUAAAGUACGCAGAGAAAAGCCACAGCAUUGAGAAAUCACUGGUGGGCCUCUUGAAGACAGGGUCAGAGGAGCACGUUGAAGCAGUGGACAAGCUCCAGAAGACCGUCAAACGCCUGCAGAAGAGCAACGUUACUCUUCUCAGAGAUAUGGCGGUUCUCAUUGCGCAAAGUUUCAAGAACAAUCCGGAAAGAGGCAAUUUCUUCAGUUUAUACAAUAAGGAUGGGGACAAUGAGUUCAUGAACACCAUUGCCAAUGAAAUAGGCUUUGAGCACACUACCAUCUUCCUGACGGUGGGAGAGGAAAAGGGCGCCGGAAUGUUCCUUUUAGCCGCCCCCACUUCUGUCGUAGACAGCAUGGGAAAGCGAGUGCUGGAGCUCCUGGAGGGGAAGGGGGCUGGGAAGAACGGACGGCUGCAGGGGAAGGCUGGGUCCCUGGCCAAGAGGGCCGAGGUGGAGAACCUACUGCGGGAUCACUGCAGCCAGGCCAAGAGCGGGUAGGAGGAAGGAUGAGAGGAGGAAGAGAAGAGACGAGAGGAGAGGAGAGGAGGACUGCAGAAGAAGGGACAAAGAGAGGAACUGAGGAGGAAGAAAUUGCAUUAAAAAAAACGUAGAAGAGACGAGGAGAGGUGAGGAAAGAAGAGGAAUACCAGCUGGUAUGUUCAGCAACUUCCCUUGUGACCUCUCCAACAGACAGACAGACAGACAGACAGAUGCACACAGGUGACUGUCAGUACCAAAAUCAUCCACAGGGAAAAAAGGCACUUCUCUAGUUGAUUGGAGGCACUCAUUUUUUUUUUUAUGUGUCCAAUAUGUAUAAUCGUAUGUCCAAUGUCUGAGGGUGUCUAAAAUGUUAAUAUGGAUUUUGUUCAUCUGAUAAUGUGUAGCAGAACUUACAUGAUCAAAUGUGAAAUUGUAUAUAGUGAUUAUUAAAAUCUGUCUUAAUGAAAA